CGAACGUCCGCUUCUGCUACCGAGAAGGGAUUAGUGAGCAACACCCCGGGACUGAUCGGCUUCUAGUUCUGUCGGCCUCAGGGCUUCCCCGUUCGUCACAACCAACGGAUUGCCUUACUAUUUACACCUCUGCCGAGAAUUAGGGAUGAACUAAGGAUGAAUGUAAACCAGCACACUCCAAUGGCCUCUCCUUACGGCCAGCCCCAGCCUGGCUAUGGUCAACCUAGCUACGCUCCCCAGGAUGGGGGGUAUCCUGGCCCUUACUCACCUUACAACGGCCCUGCUUCAGCCCAUCAGCCCGGUGUUCCACCACAAGGUUAUUCUCCUUUCACAAGCUUUCCCUCUAAGGCUGUGGCAGCCAACCCAGUCUCUGACCUCUCCUCUCCUCUUGACUUAGGUCCAACAAGGCUUCCUCCCACCUCUGCACCCCCUCCUGCUUCAGCUCCACAGCCCUAUAACCAGUACACCCACAGUCAAGGGGACAUGCAAAAUGGACCCCCACCCAUGACACAGGCACCGCCCAGGCCUGCUGCAGCCCAGCCGUACACCCAGGGACAUGUGAACAUGAGCGGGUCGCUGCCUUCCUAUCCACAACACUACGGGCCUCCGCCUUCAAUGCAGCAGGUCACCAAUCAGAUGACUGGAAUGCAGAUCACGCCUGGACCACCAACCUCUGCAGGGCCAGGAUAUGUUCCUCCUCACAGCUCCCAGCCUCCUCUCAGUACUGCCUACUCAGCUGCAGCGCAGCCAUCCUACACCCAGGCUCCCCCUCCUGCAUCAUCCGCUCCCACCCAGCCUCCACCUGCGAGUGGUCCUGCAGCUUCUCAGCAGUACUACGGAGGCCCUCCACCUUCUUCUCAACAACCAUUCAACUCUUCCCUCCCCCCCACCUCCCAGCAGCAGUUCACCUCUUCUGUUCCUCCGCCGCCCUCCCAGCAGUCUUUUCCCCCCUCCUCAUUUUCGGGUCCCGCUCCUCCUCCCACGCGCCCUCAGGGUCCGCCGAUGUCUCAGUCCCAGCCCCAGAUGCCCUUUCCUUCUCAGCCUCCUUUCUCAGCUCCUCCACCUGUUAGCCAACCUGGCUUCGCCGGUGGCCCACCUCCACCCGUCCAAGGAUCUUUCCCACCUCAGCCUACACAACCUUCCUCUCAGCCAGGGUCUUUUCCUCCUCCUGGGCCCCCUCCCACCUCAGCCACCUCAGGUCAGUACACAACCUCCAUGGCCCAGCAGCCGCCUCCUCCUACCCAGCCAUCCCCCUAUCACUCAGGACCCCCGCCCCCCAGAGUUCAGAUGCCUCCAACUUCUAUGGGACAGAGUAACCACAUGCCUCCGGGUCCUCCAGGACCCCUGCAGCAGCCUCCUGCUCAGCCUGGCAUGCAGACAGGAUUCCCUCCUCAACAAAAUGGUGCAUUUGGGCAGGUAAGGGGCCCGCAGCCUGGAUAUGCAGGCCCUUACCCUGGACAGCCCAACUAUGGAGCCCAAGCGCCAGCUCCUGCUCCUUCAGCACAGAAAAGACUUGAUCCGGAUGCAAUUCCAAGCCCGCAAGCGUCUGACAUGCCGGCUGUGCAGAAAUCAAGACAUAGAAUAGAUCCAGAUGCUAUCCCAAGCCCAAUCCAGGUAAUAGAGGACGACAAGGCCAAGUCUACUGAGCCAUUCACAACAGGGGUCAGGGGUCAAGCCCCGCCCCUUGUCACAACCAACUUUCAGGUGAAAGAUCAAGGAAACGCCAGUCCCAGGUUUAUCCGUUGUACAGCCUACAAUAUGCCUUGCACGUCCGAUAUGGCAAAGCAGUCCCAGGUCCCCCUGGCUGCUGUCAUUAAGCCGCUCGCCACGCUGCCCCCAGAUGAGACCCCGCCAUACAUGGUGGACCACGGCGAGGCUGGUCCAAUCCGUUGCAACAGGUGCAAGGCCUACAUGUGUCCCUACAUGCAGUUCAUAGAGGGAGGUCGCCGCUUCCAGUGUGGAUUCUGCAGCUGCGUCACAGAGGUGCCUCCACAAUACUUCCAGCAUCUGGAUCACACCGGUAAGAGAGUGGACUGCUAUGACAGGCCAGAGCUGUCCCUCGGCACCUAUGAGUUCCUGGCAACUGUGGACUAUUGUAAGAACAACAAGCUUCCUCAGCCUCCAGCCUUCAUCUUCCUCAUAGAUGUUUCCUACAACGCGGUUAAGAGCGGCCUGGUCAGCUUGAUCUGCAAUGAACUCAAGACUCUCCUUGAUCUCCUGCCCAGGGAAAACCCAGAAAUGGAUUCUGUGGUGCGGGUGGGUUUCGUCACCUACAACAAGGUGCUGCACUUCUACAACGUGAAGCCCACUCUGGCCCAGCCCCAGAUGCUGGUUGUGUCGGACGUGUCGGACAUGUUUGUGCCGCUGCUCGAUGGGUUCCUGGUAAACGUGAACGAAAGCCGGCAGGUCAUAGAGAGCUUGCUGGAUCAGAUCCCAGAGAUGUUUGCAGACACGAGGGAGACGGAAACGGUCUUUGGACCCGUCAUCCAGGCAGGACUGGAAGCCCUUAAGGCUGCCGACUGUGCCGGGAAGCUGUUUGUGUUUCACACCUCUCUGCCCAUCGCAGAGGCUCCUGGAAAGCUGAAAAACCGAGAAGAUAAGAAGCUAAUCGGGACAGACAAGGAGAAGACUCUGUUUCAGCCGCAGGUUGGAUUUUACAAAGACCUGGCAAAGGACUGUGUAGCCCAGGGCUGCUGUGUGGAUCUUUUCCUCUUCCCUAAUCAGUACGUCGAUCUGGCCACACUAGGGGUGGUCCCUGUCUCCACUGGAGGUUCAAUCUACAAGUAUACCUACUUUCAGGCUCAGGCAGAUCAGGAGCGAUUCCUGAACGACCUGAGGCGGGACGUUCAGAAGCAAGUCGGAUUCGAUGCCGUUAUGAGGGUGCGGACAAGCACAGGGAUCCGAGCGACAGACUUCUUUGGAUCGUUUUACAUGAACAACACCACGGACGUGGAGCUGGCAGGCCUGGACUGCGACAAGGCCAUUACCGUGGAGUUCAAACACGACGACAAGCUCAGCGAGGAGACGGGAGCCCUAAUGCAGUGUGCCGUGCUGUACACCAGCUGCAGCGGUCGGAGGCGUCUGCGCAUCCAUAACAUGGCGGUGAACUGCUGUUCACAGCUCGCCGAUCUUUACCGCAACUGUGAGACGGACACAAUCAUCAACUACUUUGCCAAAUAUGCUUUCAGGGGUGUUGCUAACAACCCCACCAAGGCUGUGAGGGAUACCCUGGUCAACCAGUGUGCUCAGAUUCUUGCUUGCUAUAGAAAGAACUGUGCCAGUCCAUCAUCUGCUGGUCAGCUCAUCCUGCCAGAGUGCAUGAAGCUUCUCCCCGUUUACCUGAACUGUGUCCUGAAGAGUGACGUCCUGAUGCCAGGAGCCGACGUCUCGCUGGAUGACAGGGCUUACCUCAAGCAGCUGAUCAGCUGCAUGGAUGUCACGGAGACUCAUGUCUUCUUCUACCCCCGCCUGCUGCCAGUGAUGAAGCUGGAAAGCGGGUCGUUGCCCGUAGCAGUGAGGGACUCUGAGGAACGGCUUUCCAAAGGAGGGGUUUACCUGCUGGAGACGGGGCUCCACCUCUUCCUGUGGGUCGGAGCAAGCGUUCAGCAAGAGCUGCUCCUCAACAUCUUUGGCACACCGAGCUUCAGCCAGAUCGAUCCCAACUUGACGAGUCUGCCUGUCCUGGACAACCCGUUCUCACAAAGACUCAGAGAGAUCAUUGACUCCUUCAGAGCGCAGCGAUCACGAUACAUGAAGCUGAUGGUGGUGAAACAGGAAGACCGAUCUGAGCUGAUCUUCAAGCACUUCUUAGUGGAGGACAAGAGCGCCAGCGGCGGAGCGUCAUACGUAGACUUCCUGUGUCACAUGCACAAGGAGAUCCGCCAGCUUCUCAGCUAAAGGACUGGAGAUUCCCACCUUUCACCCAGAAACUCCUCCACCCGAAACCCGGGUCUCCGUUCACCCUGAGAUUUUCUUUUUUCUUUUGUUUGGAUUUUUUUCUUUUUUUUUUAACCGUACAGAAAUGAACUCUCCUUGCGGUCUGUCAGCGGAGCUCCAGCUUUCAGAUCGCAUCCUGUAUGAUUAUUUGUGUGCGAGUGCUCCAGGGAAAAGCUUUACCCUGCCUCGGAUCUGCUGCUCCUGCACAGCAAAGGUAUAAUAACUGACGAGAAAGGAUCAUGUAUAUACACAAGAGAACUACGUAUGCAACAACCUGAUAAUGAAAAAGAAGGCUCGAUAACUGUAGUACUGUCUGUAUUAAUAGCACUGAAAGGCUUUCCUUUUCUGGGUGGGGUUGGCUUAAACGACUCGGAUAGCAAACACUUUUUAUAUAUGAUUGAGUUUCAAUAGAGUCACAGACAUCUGUAUGGAAAUAAAACUGAAUGCUGUUCUAAAUGUCCGUUAUCCACUUUAAUCAUGGCCUUAGUCCCCUCUGCUCCCAUCCUUAAUGUCUGUGUGUGUGUUUGGGUUGGUGAGUUUAUUUUGAGAGGGGAAAGGAUAAGCCGCAAUUUGACCCAGUUUUUUUUUCUUUAUCGCACUGCAUCAGGUGCAAUCAUCUGAAUAUAACCUGAAUCAAAAAUGAUUUAAGAUUCAAUAAAGACAUAAGAUCAAACAAAAAUAAUGUUAUAUUGUGGCGACAUCUGGCUUUAGAGUGUGUUUGAAACCAAACUUGCUUGUUUUCAUCCGUGCAAUAUCAAGAAAUAUAAAAAAAGGCAUAAAAAGGAAGAUUAAUCUCCGACGCUUUAGAGGCAUUUUAAUUCAAAUGUGAAGGAAUGUUUAGGGGUACUGGUGUGCAAGAGGCAGACUUUAUAAUCUUCGAAUCCGAGGCGUCGAAUGUCCGAACUUGUGUGAAAGAAAGAAGCAGAGUGACAGAUGAGUGACCUUUCACUUCUAUUCACACUGAGCUACCCACAAGCUUUUCAGUGUGUAAAUAAAAGUAUACGUGUACAGAAUAAAUAGAAAAUAAAAAUUUUAAAGACCUGUCAUGAUUAUCUGACAUUUAAAGUCAUUGAUUUUUUAAGAUGGGCUUUUUGAUAUGUUUCUGUGUGUGAGAGAGAACGAAUGCGGCGUCGGUCCUGGUGAUUUUCUCACAGGGAGAACAGAGGGAUCAGCCAACACACGCAACCUUUAGGAUCAUUUAUCACUUUCUGUUCUGUUCUAACCAUCUGAUCUUUGUGUUGGGUGUGUCUGUAUGUGUGUGUCCAGCCCUCUGUCCUGACUUUAUAUUCACCGAUUUGGAUUGAUCCGCCAUCUUUACUGUAAGCUUAAUUUCCUUCCUCUUAUUUUUUUUUCUUUUUCCAUUGCCUCAUGGGACUGCUAAUAAAAUGAUUGUUAAAA